CUAAGAACCUCUACAAUGCAUGUUCUCAUAAGUUACGCAGAAAAGAAAUCAACUGAUGGAGAAGAAGAAAAGCUAAGCCAAGAAUGCAAGGAACUUCUUCUUUCUCUUCCCAAAGAAAAAGGGUGGCGAACCCAUCAUCUCUACAAGUACCAAGGCUUUUGGUGCCAGCCAAGGGAGAUCCAAUCCAUAAUCUCUUUUCAAAAGCACUUUCAAGCAAGCGAUACUGAUGUAGUAUUAGCCUCCAUACCAAAAUCAGGCACCACAUGGUUGAAAGCCUUGGCUUUUGCCAUCGUGAAUCGAAAGCGUUUUGCUAUUUCAAACAUUAACCAUCCUUUGCUUACAUCCAACCCCCACGAUCUUGUACCAUUCUUUGAAUACAAGAUCUAUGCAAACAACCAGCUUCCUGACCUCUCCAAACUUCCAGAGCCUAGGCUUUUUGGCACUCAUAUUCCAUUUGCUUCCUUACCUAACUCCAUCAAGAAAUCUAGCUGUCGGGUGGUUUAUAUCAGCAGAAACCCGUUUGACACUUUCAUCUCCUCGUGGCAUUUCAUUAACAAAAUAAAGCCACGAUCUAUAGCCCCAAUGUCACUAGACGAAGCCUUUGAAAUGUACUGCAAGGGGGUCAUUGGGUUUGGUCCCUUUUGGGAACACAUGUUGGGCUACUGGAAGGAGAGCACAGACAGACCUCAUAAGAUAUUGUUCUUGAAGUACGAGGACAUGAAAGAAGAUAUCAGUUCUUGCUUGAAAAAAUUAGCAGAGUUCAUGGGGUUCCCAUUUUCUUUGGAGGAGGAGAGAGGUGGGAUUAUUGAAAAGAUUGCAAAGCUGUGUAGUUUUGAGAAUAUGAAGGAUUUGGAGGUAAACAAAUCUGGCAAGUCUAUAAAGAACUUCGAAAACAAGAACUUGUUUAGAAAGGGUGAUGUGGGAGAUUGGGUGAACUAUCUCUCGCCAAGGCAGGUGGAGCAAUUAACCAAAGUCGUGGAGGAGAAGUUAGGCGGUUCUGGUUUGUCGUUUAAGGUGUUUUCUUAAUAAGUACCACUACAAGCAUUAAUACAUGUGGUCACGUUAAUUGUGCUAAUUUAUAUAUGUGUGUGUAUGUGCGCCAGCGUGCAUCCUUAUGUGUGAGAGAUAUUUCUAGCUAGCUACCUGAUCACCUGUACUGUUGGACAGAAUAGGGUGAUGAUCAUAUUAUAUAUAAGAUAUCGUUCCAAUAAAUAUUUUAUGAUAUGCUGAUAUUCAAACAAUGUAGUGAGUGAUCUUCGCAUGCAUAUAUAUAAAAGAAUUUCAGUUUUUUACAGUAUAAUUAAAUUUAAAGAUUUCAGGAGGUUCUUCAAUAA